CUCCACUUCUGUCCUUCAUUAUUAUUAUCCUACUUCUCCAUCUCCUAAACGUAACCCUCAACCUCUUUGUUUUUUUUUAGACCCCGUUUGGAAAGAAGCGAGAUUCGUGCUGUGGUCUUCCCUGAACAGCCUGGGACAGCAACAGCUGCCGUCUUAGAGUUAUGGCGCACACUUACAAUCUCGACACCGGUGCCUGGAUUCAGGAUACCCAUGAGGGAUGGGUUUCUUCGAAGGUUGUUUCCAAGAAUGUAGGGGGAGAUAAAGCAACUCUAGUUUUUGAGAUUACUUCAGGAGACCGAAUCGGUGAGAAAAUCACCACUACUUCAACACUUGCGGCUCUUGAAGGAAAUGCUGAGGAUAAGCACCUUCCGCCUUUAAUGAAUCCACCUGUUUUGGAGGCUUCCGAUGAUCUGACCAGUUUAUCCCAUUUGAAUGAACCGGCUGUUCUGCAAGCUAUUAAACUCAGAUAUGCUAAACGGGAGAUUUAUACAUACUCCGGAAUUGUUCUCAUUGCGACAAAUCCUUUUGAUCGGAUGGACUACCUCUAUGACCCUGGACUUAUUCAAGCCUAUGCUGGUAAACGACGUGGGGAUCAAGAUCCGCAUUUGUUUGCGAUUGCUGAUACUGCCUACCAGGCAAUGGUUCGAGAUAAAAAGAAUCAAACAAUUGUGGUAUCCGGAGAAUCUGGCGCCGGAAAAACGGUCAGUGCCAAAUAUAUUAUGAGAUAUUUUGCAACGUCAUGA